AUGCGUCUUUCGUACCGGCCCCAGGACACGCCGGCCACGUCAAUCCAAACUGACGCUCCGCGGCCCCCUCCUCCGCCGGGCCCUUCCAAGACUUUUAGCAUCGACUUUGAGAUGCCCCAGUUGGAAGAGCCUGAUGAUGUUGACGGUCUUGCCGCGCGUCACGAGCGGUAUAUGGAGGAACUCUUGCCGUUGAACUCCGAUCAGGACUCGAUUGACAUGAUGUUUGGCCUCAGCGGCUCUGGCAGCGGCUCGCAUUCCACUAUUUCUUCACCGCCCUCGUCAGGACCCUCCGUCUCGGUAUCGAGCUUCGGUUUGAAGCCUCAGUUCAACCUAGACUCGGCCGAGAAACUAUUGCAGACCUUCCGGACCAUGCUCAAGAACUUUCCGUGUGUCGCCCUACCGCCCGAUGCCACCGUCACAUCACUAUCAAAGACGAAACCGUUCCUUCUUCUCGCCAUCCUAGCGACAGCAUCAGGUUCCAGUGCAUUACAAGGGCACACGCUUUACGAUGAAGAGUUCCGCAAGAUUCUUGGCCUCAAGUUUGUUGCUGGCGGCGAGCGGACCUUGGAGCUCCUUCAAGGCCUCCUCAUCUACACAGCAUGGUACCCUUUUCAUCUUCGCCCAAAGAGCAAGCAGGCAUUUCAAUACGUCCGCAUGGCCGCCGAGAUACUGCACGAUCUCGAGCUCGUCGACCCGCCGUCAGGCGUCACCGCCGCGUCGCCCGUCACCCCAGAUCGGCUCGACGGCAUCCGCGCUUACCUCGCCUGCUUCUACCUGAUCUCAGCGCACGUCUUGCCUUUCUUACAGUACUUCCGCAAAACCUCUCUGACCGAUGCUAGGUUUGCAACCGGCUGGGCAAACACGUCGGCGCUCCAGUACACCUCCUGGACCGGCACAUGCUGUGACAUACUCGAGCACUCCUCCGCACUCAAGGGCGAUCAUAUGCUCGCUUGGUUGGCUCGCCUGCAACAUAUCGUUGAGGAGGCGACAGAGCUGGCAAAAGUCAGGCCGAACUCUGAGCAGGUCAAGCAGCAAGUCCACUUUAUGCACUUGGGUCUUGAAAGCCAGUUUAGGGAGUGGCAGGGCAACAUACCCAGUGGUCUCAACGAUCAACAGAUCUAUCUCCUCUCAGCCCCAAUCUUCCAGCUCCGUUCGACAUCAAAAAUAGGCGAUAGCGAUCUCGGACCUCCCAUGCCCGUCAGCCGCCUCCAAAAGAUCCUCACCCUGCUCCGCAGCUUCUUCGACUACAUCCUGACCCUGGACAAAUUGGACUUCAUUUACUUCGCCUCAAUAGACUGGGGCCGCUUCAUUCAAGGUGUCAUCGUCGCGAUCCGCGUCUCCUUUCCUCUGCCACUAUGUCCGGAAUGGGACCAUGCACGCGCUCGCGAGCAGCUGCAGUUCGACUCCUACCUGACGAGGCUAUCGGCAAAUCACGAGGAGCUCACCCCUGCGACGAAGACAAUGGAUGUCUUGUCUGCAAGCAAAGUCAUCUUCUCGGUGAUCAAGCGCAAGUACGAGGCCCGCGUGGCGAACAUCGAAACGCCGGUGAACAAGCUACCGAGGACCAUUCGAGGGUGUCCGAUGUUUGAUGGGACUUUGGACCCGUAUUUCCCGAUUUGGGAUCAAGAUUUCAACCGGAAUGGUCCGCAUGGUUUGGCGCAGCAGAUGCCGAACGGAGCUUCCACCAUGGUGAAUGGUCAGCCGGUGUAUCACGACCUCUGGGCUACGAUGACGAUGAACUGGCCGGAUGGGUCUGCCGGGGACCCAAACCAGGCGCAAGAUGGGUUCGAUCUUGAUUCAGGGCAAGAUCCGUCUCUGCAGCUGGACCCGUCUUUUCAGGCGACUAUGAAUCUUGGCCCUUCGCCCAGUGGGAGUGGUUGA